AUGGCAGAACCGACCAAAGUGGUGAUUGUUGGCGCGGGAUGGAAUGGGUUGAUGGUGGCGAAGACGUACCUGAAAAUUAACCCAGCUAUUUCGCUUACAAUUCUCGAGGCGGAAAGAACGCUCGGUGGAACAUGGUCCGGUGACCGUGUCUACCCAGAAUUCCACACACAAGUCCCCUAUGGUCGCUACGAGUCAUGUGACUUUCCAACACGCCCGCCAGCUGCGCCGCGUGCAGGUGGAACUUCAUUCCGUCCUUCGUGUCCACGAAUACCUCGUAAGUUUGCGCAGCAGCGAUUCAAUAUUGCAGACAAGAUAACCUACAAUACUUCAGUCGAGCAUAUACAACGUCAUGAAGAUGGGAAGGGAUGGAAACUCGACAUCUGGAGAGAGAACGGUGAGCGAGAGGUUAUCAUCUGCGAUAAACUCGUCGUCGCAACUGGUGUCCACUCGCUACCAAAUGUCCCAGAUAUUCCGACUUCAACGGAAGAGCCCUUUGUUCCCUUGUCGUUUCACUCUCGUUACGUCGGCCGGCACUACGACGAUAUCCGUUCGCCGUCUGUGAACGUUGUCACUAUCUAUGGCGGAGGAAAGUCUGCAUAUGACGCUGCUCAGGCAGCAUUGAACGCAGGGAAACAUGUUCACUGGGUAAUACGUACAAGUGGAUCAGGAGCAGGCGCACUUGCCUUGCCUGAAAUUAAUGGCAAGCCAGCCACCGACAUGCUCUUCACACCCGCGAUGGAGUUCAACAAUCCGCAUCCGAUGAGAAACACUUGGUGGGAUUGGUUUUUCCAUAGUGGCGGUAGUAGGAUUGGAUAUUGGCUUCAUUGGGCUGUAGCUGGCUUGGCGAGUCGAAUGAUGCUCAGCAAGUGGAGAUACGACGAAGGAGUUAUGAAGAAUCUUAAGCCACCGUUUGUGGAUCGCAUGUGA